AUGGAGAAUCAUCAUCCUUCAACACUCUUGUCCAUGGAUUCAAGUGCUUCUUCACAUGAGGAGCUUGAUUUGGAGAUGAAUAACCGUCAAUCUCUGCUCUCUGGUCCUCCUGAUAUCAAUUUACCACUCUCAGCUGAGAGAAGUCCUCCUCCACAGCCUUGGAAUCUUGAUUCUUGCGACAUUUUGGAUGUUGGUUUAGGUUCACAAGCGUAUGAGACUGAGAAUUACAUGAGUGUUGUGCCUAAGGUUGGUAGGAAAUGCGCGAAACGGGUUGAUAGUACUUGGGGUGCUUGGUUUUUCUUUAGUUUCUACUUCAAGCCUGCUUUAAACGAGAAAUCCAAAGCGAAAAUCGUCCGGGAUAGCAACGGGAUAUCAGGGUUUGAUAAGUCGGAUUUGAAGCUCGAUGUGUUUCUAGUUCAGCACGAUAUGGAGAACAUGUACAUGUGGGUUUUCAAGGAAAGGCCUGAGAAUUCACUCGGGAAGAUGCAGUUGAGGAGUUAUAUGAAUGGGCAUUCUAGACAAGGUGAUCGUCUGUUUCCAUUUAGUGUUGAGAAAGGGUUUGUGAGGUCUCAUAGAAUGCAGAGGAAGCACUACAGAGGUUUGUCAAAUCCGCAGUGUGUUCACGGUAUUGAGCUCGUUCCUUCGCCAAACCUCACUUGUCUUGAUGAGGAAGAUAGGAAAAGGUGGAUGGAGCUUACGGGUCGGGAUUUGAAUUUCACGAUUCCACCUGAAGCUAGCGACUUUGGUUCGUGGAGAAAUCUUCCCAACACUGACUUUGAGCUCGAGAGGCCUACACCGCCUUUGAAGAAUCCUUCUGCGAGCCACUCUAAAAAAUUACUUAAUGGAUCGGGACUCAAUCUCUCAACUCAACCAUCCAACCAUUCCAAUGGUGAAGCGACUGAUCUAUCGCCCUCGAGCCACAAGAGGAGGAAGGACUUGUUCUCAAAUGGGAUCCAUGAGGAAGAGUGUUGCUUAACCGUGAACCCGCCACCUCCUGCUAUCGAAGCUCACCAGAACGAGAUACCGAAUUGGUCAAACGAGUUUAGUGGGGCCAUGAAAAACGUGUAUGGACCUGUAACUGCUGCAAAAACAAUCUAUGAGGAUGAAGAAGGUUACUUGAUCAUAAUCAGCCUUCCUUUUGUGGAUUUGAACAACGUUAAAGUAUCGUGGAGGAACACUCUCACACACGGAAUAAUUAAAGUUUCAUGCGUCAGCACAUCGCGCGUACCAUUCAUAAAGAGACAUGAUAGAACAUUCAAGUUGACUGAUCCAGCCUCUGAGCACUGCCCACCAGGAGAAUUUGUCAGAGAGAUCCCGUUAUCAACCCGAAUCCCGGAAGAUGCAAACAUCGAAGCGUAUUACGAUGGACCUGGUUCAGUUCUUGAGAUACUUGUCCCGAAACUAAGAGCUGGCCCGGAAGAGCACGAGGUGCGUGUGUGUCUGCGUCCACAUCUCGGAGGAAACGAUCUUAUGUUGACGUAA